GGAGGGGAGAAUUAACAGUUUUAACAGGACCCACUGGUAGUGGAAAGACUACUUUUGUUAGUGAAUAUUCACUUGAUUUGGCAAUGCAGGGUUUUAGGUCAAUACUUUGUGGGGAAGUUUUGAAAUAAGGAAUUCACGACUAGCUCGGAUAAUGCUACAGCAAUUUUCAGGAGUCCCUCUUGAAAAUCACUUGGAAAUGUUUGAAUCAUUUGCUGAUUCCUUUGAGAAGUUACCAAUUUACUACAUGACUUUUCAUGGUCAGCAGUCUCUUAAAGUUGUUAUGGAGGCAGUGGAGCAUGCACAAUACGUUCAUGAUAUAGCUCACGUAAUUAUAGACAACCUUCAGUUUAUGAUGGGUAUGACUGAAGAUCAGAGGAACAUGGACCGUUUUUGGAAGCAGGAUGCCAUUAUAGCUUCAUUUCGUACAUUUGCAACGAGAAAAAAUUGUCAUGUGACAUUGAUUAUCCACCCUAGGAAAGAAAGGGACGAUGAUGACCUGACGACCAAUUCUAUUUUUGGAGGUGCUAAGGCGUCCCAAGAAGCGGAUAAUGUACUUAUUAUACAAGACAAAAGACUUGUCUCGAUGCGUGGAAAAAAGUAUUUACAGGUAUAAUAAAAGUUAAUACAU